GUUGAGAGAGGACGUGUUCGCUCGUGUGUCUCUGGCGUUUUGUUGGCUCGGUUUCCCUUCCCUCGACUUGGUGUGUUCUCGUGAAUUUUUAGGGGGACUUGAGUCUAUACAUUAAUUGCAUCUCAAGAUGGUUGUGGUGACUCUGGGCGACAGCGUCGACGACGGCGGGGGCGUCCAAGUGGAAGGAGGCGCCCCCCCCCCGCCCACACUCCAGCACUUCCCCUCCCAGUACACCCAGCAAUACCCCGCCCACGUGGGGAAGUACCCGCCUCCGGGGGGCUAUGACAGUGACUCGAACAGUGACCAUAGCAGCAGCGGCCGUGGCAGCGGUGGCAGUGAUCUGGGCAGCGAGGUGGACAGAGAUGGCUCCCGCCUCGAGGACAGCGGCCGCUACAGCGCCGACGGCUGCGAUGCCUCCGCGACGCUCAGUUCGUCCGAGGUCAUCCUCAAGCCCAGCCUGACCUUGCCCGUGCCGCCCGUGCCCACCCUCGCCCCCCAGCCCGCCCGCAUGCCCCCGAGGCCCCGCUCUCUCUCCGCCAACCGCUGCAGGAGCUCUGCGGAAGGACUUCGCCAGGCUAGGAGGGAUGCCAUCGCGUCCUCCGUCGUCUCUCCUACGAGGCCUACCCCCCGCAGGAGCGCCCCCGUGACCCACCCGCCCGUGGACUCCCCCCUGUGUGGCCAGUGCGCCCGCAGAGACCUCUCCUUCUUCGACCCCGGCUGCAGUGGGUGUUCCGCCCUGCUGCGCCGCCCCACCACCACGCCCGCCCACGUCUUCGCUGUGAUGAGGCAGUGGGUGCCGCAGGUGCAGCAGAAUAUUCAUCACUUCGUUCAGCUGAUCUUGAACAUGGGAUGCCAUGUGGACGACCGUGACGCCUUGACAGAUAUGACACUGUUGCACUACGCUGUCAAGUCUGGCAGUGUUGGCGUUGGCGAUCCUGCCACAGCUUUGCAGGUGGUGAAGGAGCUGCUGCGAGAUGGCGCCGACGUUCACCAGCGAUGCCGUUGGACGCACAUGACCGCCCUGCACUACGCCGCCUACUUCGACGUGGCGCCCGUGCUCGACCUCCUGCUCAGGGAUCCCAAGGGCGUAUGCAUCAACGACGCGUGCCUGGAGUACUCCGGGGGGACGCCCUUGCACAUCGCCGCCGCCAACUUGAGCCUGAGCGCCACCCGAGUCCUGCUCCAGCACGGCGCCCUCCCGACUCUCACCGACACCCAGGGACGCACGCCUUUCCAAUGCAUCCCCGCCCCCGACCAAUACGAACUGGUCCCCGAUGUCCAAGAUGUGAUCGGGCGCCUCCGUGCUCUACUCUCCCCUACCGGCAAGGGGUCUUCGGGAAGGGCUGUGCUCAAGGCCAUGGGACUGAAGCUCGGCGAUCGAGUCCUUGUGAGCGGCGUGAAGACCGGGACGCUGAGGUUCGUUGGCGCUACAGAGUUCGCGACGGGUCUGUGGGCGGGAGUCGAACUGGAGACUCAGUCCGGCCGCCACAAUGGCACUGUCAAGGGCGUCAUGUACUUCCGGUGUGCUAACAAUUAUGGAGUUUUCGUACCCGUGAACCGCCUGACGAAGAUCCCCAACGUGAGCGGCGGCGGACGCCAGGGCCGCUCCACCUCCGUCGCGCACCGCCAGCAGCGCUCGCCGAGGGUGGGCGGGGGGGCGCACCCCAGCCGCCGCUCCGCCUCGCUGCCCCCCGGACGCGUCAACCACGGCCGCGUCGACGUCUCCAGGGUGGCCUCGCGGGUUGCUCAAGACAUUCGCAACACCACCCGUAAGAUCGUGGUGGGCGACCGAGUGUACGUGGACAUGGGCGUGGGUAGCGGCUCGUCCCAGCGCGCGGUGACGGGCGUGGUGAGGUACACGGGCGCGGUACACUUCGCCUCGGGAUUCUGGGUGGGCGUGGAGCUCGACCUGUCAAGGGGUACCAACGACGGCUCGGUCAACGGUACGCGGUACUUCGCCUGCAGGAGCCAGCACGGGAUCUUCGCCGCGCCCUCCAGGGUCAUAAAGAUCAGCAGCGACCCGGACGCCGAGGACGUGGCCGCGGACAUGCGCCACAGCCGCUACUCCCUCAGUUCCACCCAUGGCUCCACCCACGCCAUCAACACCUCCUGCAGCGGCUCUCUCAGCCUAGGAUACUGCCCGCCGCCGCCCUCCUUCGCCGGCUCAGGACCCAUCAGCCUAGGGACAAGUAUGGGGAGCUCCUCCAGCGCCGUCCUGGGCACGAGCGUGGACGACCCCUACGACGAGUGCGCGCACCUGCCCCCCGCCAGCCACCUCUUGGAUGACCAGGCGCAGGGGGCCCUCGCCAGGACGCACUCGCUCAAAACGGCCAUCUACCCCAGCACCACCAUGACCAGCCUCAACAGGUCCUUCUCCGCGCGCUACGUGUCGUCCCGGCAGCGGCAGGAGGAGAUCGAGCGCGCGGCGGAGGAGCGCAAGAAGGAGCAGACGUGGUGCGACCCCCCGGUUCUCCCCGGCCCCAAGAACCCCAAGAAGAAGACGGAGGACCAGCACUGGCUCGAGGUCGGCCACAACGUCUUCUACAAGAAUGAAGUCG